ACCAACGAAAGAGGAAGGAAGGUUUAUUCACAAGACAACUGGGUAGAAGUGUAUAGCUGUGUUGAAAGGCACAACACUCAAAAUAACAUUGGACCAAAAUACUUUUUUAUAAAAGGCCUUUUAUUUUCUGCAACGACUGGCAACCAAUAUAAAACAGUGAAGAAGAUGGUGGCCGUGACAUUCUUGUUCCUCUGCUACUGGGCUGCAGGUGUCCACGGUGACCUCAGCCGUAUCCAGGUUACUCUGGAGCCAGACAGGCCCUCUCUGAGGGUGCAGCUCUCUCACACCGCCCACCUGCGCUGCUGCUACUCAGCCACAAGGGGAGCCGUGGAAACCACCUGGUUCAUCAGCAUCCAGACGGUCAACGGCACGUCCGCCCUGCAGGGAGUGGACCGGAGAGACAACCGUGUGACAGUGGAUGAGGGGAACCUGACGGCGGCAGGGGUCAUGUGUCACACACUCAUCCUGAAGGAGGCCCGUCUGAACGACUCAGGGUUGUACCAGUGUUUUCUCAACCAUAGCGCCCUGCGGCACUCUGUGUACACCUACGGCACCUUCCUGCAGGUCUACAGGCCGAUGGUGAAGAUUCUGGACAUCAGUGAAAGCACCAAGAACAGGAUCCUGACUGCUGAGGGAAUGUUACUGAUGGUGGUGGUGCUUCUGCAUGGUACCAUGAUGCUCUGUAAGACGAAGAAACUCAAUCAACUGAAGAAGAAAAGGGUCAAAAAGGAAGAGGAGAAUAUCUAUGAGGGUCUAAAUCUGGAGGAAUGCUGCUCCACAUAUGAUCAGAUCCAGCGCUUUCUGGUGCAGGGCCCCUACCAAGACGUGGGAAACAUGAUUAUGGAGGAGGAAAUCCAACUGGAGAAGCCUUGAAUGAGAGCGGGGAGGAAGAGAGGGUGGGAGAAGAGUAAUUUGAUAGAACAGAGUUGUGGUGGGGGUUUUGAUACGAAUUUUCUUCAAAACUGCCCCCCCACUUAUGUUUGAAUUUAUAGAGGUGACCUGCAUUUUCCUUGCAGCCUUUGCCUAUAUUUGAAUCUCAUUUCUUAGUGGACCAAAAAGGCAGUAACCUACAAUGUCAGAGGGAAUUUUGCUUUCAAUUUAGCCUUUCAUUACAAAUGCCAAUACCUAGACACUUUAUAUUCAUAAGAUAGAUUUUUUUCUGCAUGUUUGCAUUUUCAAUGCUUUUGUGUAUGCAUUGGCCAAAUGUUUUUUUCCCUCUCCAAUCUCCAUAAUUCAAGGCCUGAAUUGUGCUUAGUAAAUAAAAUUAUAAAACUGA